AUCGGACCAAAAUCAGAAAGAAGACCGCACACAUUGGUACGCGGAGAGCUUCUCUCUGUCGGUGACGAGGUCCUUCGCGACCGAUUCUAACUCUCUCUGUCUCCAGUGUACUGGGUGCAGUAACAUUUGGACUCGAGUGCAGUCCAUCCUCUGCCGACUACGUUGCCCUUUGAGGCAGCGUCGAGGUAUUCUGAGGACAGGACUUGCCCCGCAUAAUAUCGACGCAGACGGUCGCGGCUUUACAACCGCCGACCCUCGCAGAAACCCGCCUCCAGCUGCAGUCGAGCCGAGGAUCGAGCUGUGGCGUGGAGUCCGCCAUUGAGUCUGUGCACCGUUCCAACUAACUUGGGUGCGAUCCAACGAUCAACGGUCGUGACGGAGCAAGACGUUUUCGCCGGUUGCUGUGGAUAGUGUAUCGAAGUUGAGACCUGGACGACAGCCUUCCCAGAUGGAGUGGGCAGAAAAGAGCGGAGCUAUGGCUCUCGGGAGUGGCUCAACCCAACAACAACGACGAUCAGCCGUCAGGACAACGAUGUCCUCCGUGUUGGCUGUGAUUUCUCUAAUUUGCCUCUCGUGGAGUUUGUCGGCUGGAUUGGUGUCAUCGCAAUCCACUGCGGACACUGGCGUAUUCCGCUUCCAGAAGAAGACGAAUCCGUUCGGUAUCGACGAGGGUACGACUGCACUGUACGUCGUCACGCUUCUGACGGCCCCGCACAACGACGUCACCCUGCGAUUGAAUCAGGUUGACAGUCAGCUGAGCCCGAUCACCACGCAGCUGCUGUUCGGCACUCACGCCUGGAAUGUCUCGCAGGACAUCAACCUGCGCGCCGUCGACGACACCAUCAUUCAGAUGUCACCCUAUGGUGGCGUGGUGGAGGUAAGCAGCGACAGCGCAAACGCUCUAUUCAACACAUCCAGUGGCGUUGGCGUGGCAACCACCAAUCUGACAUUUAUGCUGGUCGAAACUGAUCAAGCCAAUGUGAUCAUUACGCGUGCCAACAUCGAGCCGUCACCACCGAACAUACCCGAGGGACGCCAAGGCUACUACGACGUCGUGCUGAGCAGUCGUCCGUCGCAGACGGUCACCGUCCAGCUGCGCAGCGAGAACGGAACGUUGAUGAGCGUCGAGCCGUCAGUCAUGAUCUUCAGGCCGGCCGAGUGGAAUGUACCGCAACGUCUCACCAUCAACGCCCUGGAAGACAGGGUUGAUCGUGUUUCGCCGUACUCAUCCCAAUUCAGCAUGGAGCUGAGCAGUCGUGACUUCAACUACAACAAUCUGACUGUACCAGAUUACAGGCUGACGUUUGAGGACAAUGACAAUGACCAGUCCGUUAUCCACGGUUCAAUCUGGUGGAGGCGUCAGCCGCUGAUCAGCCGUACAACGGCCACGCUGUUGGUUGAGAUGACCGUGGACUUGGCUUCGCAGUCGCGCAGACGCACGGUCGGUGAAAACGUCACCCUGCUGGACACGCGUCUGUCCGUGAACACCGGGGGUGGAGCGGCAGACGUGUUUCCCGUCACUCUUCCGGUGGUGUCCGUACACGAGGAUCUCGGCUACAUGGUGUUGCAUAGGGAGUUCACCUAUACAUUCCGCACGGCCAAUAACAUGGGACAACCUUGGCUAGCCAUGCUGGAUCAUUGCUGCCGUCGAUCCACACUACGUAACAAUGCCGACACCAGAAUGCUGCUCCAAGCCAAGCUGGAUUUGACGCAUGACGGCUCACCUCAGCUGCCUUCCUUGGCAGUGUACCCGCUGGCAUCCGGCAUUCUGGCCAGUCAACCGCAGGCUGUACUACUGGAUGCUGUGGCGCCAUCGGGCCAUCCGUUGGUGUGGAGGCUGGGAGAUUACGUAACGUACGGUUCAGUACGGGCGGGGACACCACAGGGGAUUUCUAUUGACUCCUCGUCUGGCCGGUUGUCAUGGGAUACGAGUGUGGUAUCGCCUGGUGACUACAGCGUACUGGUGCAUGUCAGUGACCUUCUAACUGGGUCUGAGUCAACAUACGAGGUGGUGGUGCGCUUGGUCGACUCUACCGUAUCCGUUGACUACCCAACUAUUGAUGGCCUCACCAUUCCCUCAUCGCUAUCAACACCUGCGCUGACGGUCGCCGCUUCCGUUGGUGUGCCCGUCGAGCUGAACAUCACCUUGACGACGGGGAAUGCCACCACGUCGGGAUUGGUCCUCUCCGGCGAUUAUUCAGCCGGAAUGAAUCUCACGCACCUAGUGGAGAUCGAGUCGGCAGCGAACGACACGGACGGAAACAUGACUUUGUUGCCAACGGGAAAAACCUCGUCCACGUUGUUUUGGACGCCGUCUGCUGCACAGCUUGGCGAGCACCUUGCCUGUGUGGUUGCCAUAGAGACCGGAUCACAGCCCGCAGCGAUCAGCGCCGUGCAGUGCUGGAAGUUCCUGGUUGCUAUGGCAACCGUUGACCCACCCGUCGUGGAUCUGAACGGGGCUGGAGUCGAUGGCGACGACUAUGCAGCCGUGUUCACUGAAGGUCUCAACACCAGUGUGCCUAUAGCUGCCUCCCUGGCCAGCAUCACUACCAAUGAUGUGCAGCUGGCAUACAUGUCAAUACAGCUGAUCGGUGUGCAGGACACCGGUGCAGAAGAGCUACUCCUCCAGAGAUUCUACAACCCAUCAAUUCAACUAGCACCUGCCCAAGCUUCACCGAGCACCAGUCUAGUGUUUUCCGGCCUUGCCUCGGCCGUGGAGUACAGCACAGCGCUUCGUAGCGUGCACUAUCGCCACACUCUCGCUAGGCCAUCGGUCGGUGAUCGCCGCGUCCUCGUCACCGUGUUUGACGCCGACCGGGUCUCCAACGAGGCGCUCGGCGCACGGACCGUUUCCACGGUUACGGUUGAUCUGCACAACGACGCACCCGUCGUCGGUCUAGCUCAUCAAGCUCGCUUCUUUCCCGGAUUAUCACCUGUGGAGAUUGCCACUGCUGCCACGAUUACAGAUCCCGACUCCGAGUUCAUCACCUCCAUGACCGUAGAACUCACCAACAUACAAGACGCGGAGGACGAGUUUCUGACGGCGACAUACGAGACGCCGGAACGCCUCACGGUGCCGUCCGUGUACCAGGUGAGCGGCUUGAACCUGACGUUCGGUCGUCAGUGGCUGGCAGAGGAUCGCGCCCAGGCGGCACGCCGACCCAGCGGCCCGACUGUGCCCACGGUGGUUGCCACGGUGACCGUGCUGGACGACUUCGCGGUGGGGCACGUGGACGUGGUGGUGGACGUGUCCCAUUCCUGGCUCGGUGACCUGGAGCUGGUGCUGGAGCACGGCAGUCGUCGGCAAAUGCUCGUGACGUCACCGGGCGGUCAGACGUGCGGGGAGGACGACAUGCUACACACGGUGUUCUCGCAGAGCGCCGAUCCACUAUCGGCCAUGUCGUCGUCAACGGCAACCCCGGGCGUCUGCCGCUAUCAGAGCCGCGGUGUGUUCGCCAGCAGCGGCGAUCUGUCUGUGUUUGCGAACGCCUCGUCGCGCGGAGCGUGGACGCUGCACGUCAGUGAUCGCAAUCUCGUCGAGGACAACGGAAUGCUGACGGGUUUCGCCGUUCUACUGCAGCCGCUGGAGGAUCACCUGAUCGCAGUGAACGAACCCGUGCGACCGGCCGCCAACCUCGGCAACGGCGUCACGCAACUGUCACAUGACCUGACGGUGGCGGGCAGCGGAGGACGCGUGCUGGACCUUCACGUGCGUCUGUUCCUCGAGUCGUCCUUCGCUGGCCAGCUGAACCGUGUCGUACCCACGGUGAUGCUGCGCCACCCGGACGGCACCGAGGUCACGCUGGUCAAUUGCUCAAGUUCCGUGUGCUCGAACGGCACAGACGAGUACAACUUCCUGGUGUUCGCCGACAACGCUACACGGUCUGCCGAUGAGAACUUGAUGGGCUCGUGCUGCGCUGGUGCUUCUGAUAUAUUUGCCAUGACGAUGAACACGCCAAUGUUCGGCUUGAAUUCGUCCGUCCCGCUUACCGUCCCGGAGUGUACUGAUCCGGAAACGACCAACGACUUAGUCAACAUCCUGCAGCCCGUGGAGCCUCUCGCCGCCUUCAAGGGGAAACCCCUGGACGGAAUCUGGACCCUGGUGAUGUCGUACCCGGAGUCGUCGUGUUCGGCGGAUCAGUUCGCCACGCUGCACGGCUGGGGUGUGCGUGCUCAGCGCGAGCCCAAUGUCGACACGGUCUACAACGCCUCCAGCGGCAUGCUGGCAUUCACGGGCAGUGACGUGGCCGGAAACUACGAACGUCUUCUCCGGAGCGUCACGUACCGCAAUUCCAAUCCCACCGCAGAGUUCACCACCGUGCGACGAAUCAGCGUGUCGGCAAGCGAUGGUGCCCUGGAGUCGGCCAAUGCCUGGUCCUCUGUUGUCAUACAUCACAUUGAUAUCGACCUGGACCCGGAUCGAUCCGGCAACGCUACAUCAUCGCCGCACUACGCGGCAGUGUUUGUCGAGGCAGCGUCUCCGUUGUCUGUAGUCAACACGGCCUCUGCCACGCUGGCGGAUGCGUCUCCUGGCCCCGCUCCCCUGUACAUACUCAGCGUCAACCUAGCGCAGCCGCUCAACGGUGCCAGCGAAGGGCUGCGAGUCACCGCACAGCUGCCAAUCGAUUUGUUCGCGGAGUUCUCCAUGGACAACUCCACACUGUCCGUGUACUCAGUAACGAAUACAUCGUUGAGCAUUGAUACCUUCCAGACAGUGCUCCGCUCUAUCGAGUAUUACAACACUGCUGAGGAGCUGCUCGGUGACGUACGGAUGAUCGACUUCAGCGUACAGGACACGGCACGCAGUGGUCUGUUCUUCAGUCUGGUGGCACGCACCAGCGUCACUCUAGCUCACGUCAACGACGCGCCGGUCCUGGACGUCAACGGGGACUUUGAGCCCCUGGGCGCCGUGUCCAACAUGGUCGAGUACCGCGAGGGCCAGGGCGAGCUGCCCCUGGCGAACGUCAGCGGGGUCGUGCUGUACGACUAUGAUAACGACACUCUGAGUUCGGUCACGGUAACCAUCACUCCUCUGCCGGACACUGCACAGUACGAAGUCAUCUCGGCCGAUCUUGCCAUGUUUCCCAACAUCUCGAUGAGCAAGAACGCCACGGGUCAAGCCGAGCUAGUGCUGUUCGGAAUCGACUCGGUGGAGAACUAUCGCGAGGCCAUUGCCACGGUAACCUACAGCAACCUGCGUAGCGGCGAUCUGAUUGGUCAUCCGAGCACGGUGCCGCGGCGUAUCAGCUUCGUCGUGAACGACGGCCUGCGGGAUAGCAAGCCCACUAUUGUCAUGGUAACCUUUGAGGCCGUUAACGACCGUCCGCUGCUGGAUUUGAACGGGGCCGGCGCUGGCAUAGACUAUUCGACGCGAUUCACCGAAGAGCGCGGUGCAGUUCUGAUCAACUCCGGCUUGACUGUGUAUGACGUAGAUAAUGUCACGUUGAGACAGGUCACGGUGCAGAUUGACAACCUCGUCGACUACGGCGACGAAUACCUGUCGGUGGAUUCCGUCGUCACGACUACCAUGCCCUUGGACGCGCGGAGCAAGGCCAGUCGAGUGGUGACGCUGAGGCCCACGGUGGAGUACAACGCAUCGACUGGCACGCUGACGGUGUCUGGCCUCGACUCGGUGCUGGAGUUUGAGCAUGCUCUGAGGACGCUCAAGUACACGAAUAUCGCCGACGAGCCCACGCCCGUCGCCCGACGCAUACGUGUGACCGCCAGCGAUGGCAUGCUGAUGUCACCUGUAGCUAUAGCGACCGUGGAUGUCGUCCUGGUGAACGAUUCACCCUAUCUGAACGGAGCUUUCCAGGCCGAGGUGAACAUCACCGAGGACGUGACAGAUGCGGACAACAUCGGCUCGCUCGUAUCGACACUGGACGGACUGAUCGACGACGACGACGUGAACGCAACGAAAGGCAUCGCCAUCACCGCAAUCGAUAACACUAACGGCAUGUGGCAGAUCACGUUGGACGGUGUCGCGUGGCAGUCGCUUGACAGCGGGAACAUUUCUCUGCAGAACACCGUCGUGCUAAUGUCUGACAUGGUGACCGCCGUCAGGUUUGCACCGGAUCGGGAUUUUAACGGCGAAGUCCGCCUGCAGUUCCGCGCAUGGGACUCCACCAGCGCUCUGGCGACAAAUGGAGCGGGUGUCGAUGCAUCUGCAGUGUCUGCCAUUAACGCGUUCAGCAACAACAGCGUGGAGCUGAUCGUGAACGUGAGUCCCGUCAACGACGCCCCCGUGCUCCGCUCGCAGCCCGUGUCCUUGACAACCAUCAUGGAGGAUGAGUAUGCGUCGCGCGGUGAUACAAUAGUGUCGCUGCUUGGCAGCACAUCAGAUGUGGAUCUGAGCGAACUCAGAGACGUCCGACUUCUCGGCAUUGCCUUCGUUGAGCUCGAAGACGACAACGGCACCUGGCAGUACACGCAGGAUGAUGGCCGCACCUGGAUCGCCAUGGCAAACGUGUCUCGCUCGUCAGCCGUUCUGUUGCCACAGCAACCGGCGGGCGCCAUGCGCGUGCGCUUCGUGCCGCUUCGCGACUUCAACGGCUGGGCGUCGUUCACGUACCUGGCCUGGGACUUGACCGUCAGUGGUGGUAGCGUGGUUGCCGAUAGCAACGUGACAAGCGGCGGAGUGCAACCUGCAGUGCACAUGGUGGACACCACGACCUCCGACCCGGUCACUGGCGAAUUCAGCACGCAGGAGAACACGGCCACCGUGACCGUGCUUCCUGUGAACGACUCGCCUCUGCUCAGCGAUGACUUGCUGUUCCAGAACCUGACCGAGGACAUUGACGAGACCAUCAACCACGGCACACUGGUGUCAGAGAUUGUCUCCCUGGCGUACAUGGACGUUGACGUGAACUACUCGGUGGGAAUUGCCGUCACGAAUGUGGACAAUUCCAACGGCGUGUUCCAAUACACGUGCGAUCGCUCGUCUCUGCUCAACUGGUCCGAUUUCAUCGGGGAUCUCGUGUACGGUCAGUAUGUUCCGGCUCUGCCUCUCCUCAGUCGCGCCACGCUGCUCGCCGACUAUUGCCGCGUGCGAUUUUUACCGAACGAGAACUUCAACACGGAGUUCGACACGACGCACGCCGCACGCCCGAGCCGGGAUGUGCCGACGCUCCGCGCCCUGGCCUGGGACAGCACGGGUCGUACGGAGAACAUGACGGGACGGCACGGCGUGGAUGCGGCCGCCACAGGGCCAUGCGUGACGGGCACGUUCAGCUGCAUUGAGCGUACGAUGAGCGUGUUUGUGAGCAGCGUGAACGACAUACCGGUGCUGAUGCUGAACGGGAGCGCGGGCGACUACGAAGCAACCCUGGUCGAGGACACACUGGGAGUGGCCGUGGUGGGAGAUGACUUGACCCUGAUUGACGUCGACCACGCUCUGCUUCGGAGCGUCACGUUGAUCAUUCACAAUUCCACCGUUCUUGCUGACCUCGCCAAUGUCACUCUGGACUAUUCCGACGUCAGCAUAAACGACACAACAUCGACCGACCCGAUCUGUACGGGAGAGGCGAAACGACGCGAAGAGCUUCUUAUCGACCUCGCCUCGACGUCUCUGAUUGCGACCGUCCGUAGCUACUGUCCCUACGCGUUAGAACUGUCGGCUGCACGUGGACAGACGGCAACAGUGGCACAGUAUCAACACGCUCUCAGGACGCUGCGCUACAACAACAGCAUCGAAGAGCCGAGCGAUCAGGAUCGCGUCGUACUGUUCUCGGCCGACGAUGGAUUGGACAGGAGUGUGCUACGCUACACAGUGCUUCACCUGCAACUGGUCAACGAUGUACCAUCGCUGGAUCUGAACGGAGACGAGAUCGACCUGCACUACUUCCUGAACUACACGGAGGGUGACGGGGCAGUGCCGAUAGUGGACACCACCGGACUGCGCGUGCUGGAUCACGACAACACAGUGUUGCAGUGGGCACGCAUCGACCUCGUCAACGCCCCCGAUCAACAGAACGAGCACAUCAACGCCACAGUGCCCGCGGGCAGUGGCAUCACGGCCGACUUUGACGUCGCCAACAACACACUGAUGCUGCGAGGACAGGCACCACUCACCACGUACGAACAGGUACUCAGAACUGUCACGUACACGAAUCGCGAGGCCGAUACCGGCUACCCGUCCGACUCCGACCGGCACGUCGAUUUCUACAUCAGCGACGGCGUUGCCAUUAGCAACGUGGCCACGGCACACAUUGUGUUCACGCGCGUCAACGACAAGCCAUAUUUGGAUCUGAACGGCGACGUGGCCGGGCAAGACUACACGCAGUGGUUCUUCGAGGAGCGCGGACCCGUCAAGGUAACCGAUGGCGACGUCAUGAUCGUCGACAUUGACAACGCCACGCUGGAAUCGGUCACUGUGGAGAUCGUGAACGUUCUAGACGUCACGUACGAGGUUCUGGCCGUCAGCAAUCUGGUUGACACGGAAACGCUCAGCACGAACGCGUUCAACAAGCAACGUGUGGUGCAGCGCACGCUGAUCACGCCGAACACGACGUACGAUUAUGUUACCGGGGUGAUGGUCAUACGGGGACUUAAGACGCUGGACGAGUACCGACGAGUACUGGCCACGCUCACGUACAACAACCUGCAGGACGAGCCGGAUUUCACUCCGCGACAGAUCACGAUCACGCUGAACGACGGCCUCCUGGAUAGCAUCACUCGCACCACCACCAUGAAUAUCGUACCGAUCAACGACUCCCCGGUGCUGAGCGAAACCAUGACCCUCAUACAUCCUCUCAUCAACGAGGACGUCUCGGCGAGUAUGGCCGCAAAUCCUGGCUUCAGCGUCGAGUCAAUGGCGAGUGCUCUGAUCAGCGAUGAUGACGAUAUUCGAAACCCCGCACCGGAAAAGGGUGUAGCCAUUGUGGCCAUCAACAACACGAAUGGACGCUGGGAGUACCGUGACCUGUCGUUGUCGGCGUUUGCGCCGAUCCCGGUUAUGACAUCGUAUGACUUCGCAUUGCAUCUGCAUGCCACUACGGCCAGUGAGCUGCGAUUCGUGCCCAACCUGAACUACCACGGACCCAGCACACUCGAGUUUGUCGCCUGGGAUCGCUCCAACUCGUAUCCGGACGGAUCUAUCACCACAGCAACCGCUGUCAACGCAACAGACGCGUACAGCGCCAAUAGUCGCGUUCUGGAGUUAACUGUAGUGCCGGUGAACGAUGCGCCGCUUAUCAAUGUCAACGCCCCCAUCGCCAUGGCAACAAUCAUGGAGGACGACCGCAACUCGUCCGGCACCGAUGUGGCCGUCUUGCUGGGUGCGUGGAGUGAUGAUGUCGACGUUGUCACACCGGAGAAUCGCGGUAUUGCCGUGGUCGCCACGGAUACACUUGAUGGCAGCUGGGAAUUCACCGUUGACGGCGGUAUCACGUGGCGCCAGGUCGGAUCAGUAACUUCCGGCGCGGCUCUCGUUCUAGGGAAUUCCCCUACCGGUAGCAACCGCAUACGAUUCCUUCCGUUGCUGGAUUUCAACGGACAAGUCACCGUGUCGUACAAAGUCUGGGAUCGCAAUAGUACAGAAGCGAGCGGAACGCAGAAUGUUGAUACGAACACAAACAUUGUUACUGGGCCAUUCAGUAGUGGUGUUACCAAGGCAACACUGACAGUUGACCCGGUGAAUGACUCACCGCGCUUGACGGCUAACGUGGAGCUGACUCGCAUUCCCGAAGAUCCAUUCGUGAACACGGGUGACUUUGUGUCGGCACUCCUUGCGUCCGUAUGGUCCGAUCAAGAGCUGUUCAACCAGCGCGGAGUAGCUGUGACAGGUAUAUACAAUGGCGCUGCACGUAGCUAUGGAGAAUGGCAGUAUACCUGUGCACCAGGUGGUCAGCUGACUUGGGAACUGUUCAAGGGUGACGUCACCUAUGGUGUAGUCCAUCCUCGUGAUCCUCUGCCCGAGAAGGCAACGGUGCUGGGACCGGGAUGUCGCGUCAGAUUCAAUCCGGCGGCAGACUACAACACUGAGUUUGAUAACACGGGUGCAGCACGACCGCAGACCGACCGCCCGUCUCUCUCGCUGAAGGCCUGGGACUUGACGUCGGGCGUUGCCGCCGGAACGUACGGCGUGGACACCCGCUCCACGCCGGACGACCACACGAACGCGUACAGCCAGAACGUCACGUACGCCUACAUCAGCAUCACUAGCGGAGCCGACGCUCCAGUUCUGGUUGUCGGGGGCAACACUAGCACGUAUACGGUGACGUACGUUGAGCCAAUUCCGCCGACGCGCACCGUACUCCCCGUACUCGUUACAUCACCAAUGCUCUCACUAUCGGACGCCGACAACGCCUCGCUGCACUCCGUAACUGUUGUCUUGACAACGCCGGAUAACAGCACGUACGAACAGCUACGAUUCAACACGGCGGGUACAGGCCUCGUCAUCAAUGCACUGCCCUCCGUAGCUACGUCACUCGUGCUGCAGAUCGCACCCUCCACGGGACAGCGAGCGCCGAUCGGUGAAUUCCAAGCCGUGCUGCGAACAAUGACCUACGAGAACAGUGUCGAAGAACCGGACGCGGUCAAUCGCCUUAUCACGUAUGAUAUAUUUGAUGACGUCACUUUCUCAUCGUUCACGAGCACGGUCAAGAUCGAGCUGCGUAACGACCCACCGGAGUUGGAUCUGGACGUCAACGCAGCGGGCGCUAACAAUCUCAUUUCCUACACGGAGGGUGACGGCGCCAAAGAGGUCUUCACGUCGUCAUCGCAGUUUUCCCUGCUCGACUACGACAGCACGAUGCUGAGCAGCGUAACGGUGACGAUCCGCGAGGCGUUUGACAGCGCCUACGAGGUCCUUGCUGUCAACGAUACUCUAGGCACAUCCAUCGCGGUGGCGUACAACGGCUCGACCCUGCACCUGACCGGACCAGACACCGUGCUCAAUUUCCGGACUGUUCUCACCACGCUGACGUAUUCGCACACAAACUUCAUGCCGGGCAACCCGGACAUGAGCACUCGCUUCCUCGACUUCGUGGUCAGCGACGGCAAGAACGUUUCCUUGCCCGCCGCAACCAUGGUUACAUUCACCGCCAUCAACGAUCGCCCAUAUUUGGACCUGAACGGGAACGCGAGCGGUGUGGAUUUCUCCGUACGCAUGAAGGAGCAACAGGGUCCGGUCGUGAUCGCGGCGCCUGACGCGUUCAUCAUCGAAGUCGACAACACGACGUUAUACACGGCGACCGUACGCAUCACCAACCUGCUGGACGGCGAGUUCGAGAGUCUGCGUGUGAGCAACGUACGCGACUACAGCGACAACAUAACAGCGCGAAUGCUGACCGUCACCAACAUCUACCCAAUGCAAGUGUACGAUAACACCACUGGAACGCUCGUCGUCAGCGGGCUACACUCCAUCGUGGAGUACGAGAAGGUUCUGCGUACGGCACGCUACAACAAUCGCCGUGACGAACCGCACCUGACGACGCGUCGCAUCGAGUUCGUUCUCUCGGACGGCCUGCUCGACUCCGUCCCGGUGUACGCCGACGUAGUGUUUGAUGCGAUCAACGACUCGCCCUACUUCCAUGCGGGUGUGCCGGUUAGCGAGCCACACAUUAACGAGGACACUGCGGAUACCAGUAACCCCGGCGUAUCGGUGGAAGAGCUGCUGCAGCCGCUAGUCGGGGACGACGAUCGGCAGAGCGUUCUUGGCUUGGCCGUGGUCGGUGCAGACAGCUCCAAUGGCCAGUGGCAAUACACAGUGGACUAUGCCGACAACACCACACUGUUCAAUGGCAGCAUGGGUAACGAUACAUUCGCAGGAAACAAUACCGACGCCGACGACAAUGCCACCAUGUUCAGCGCAAGCUGGCAGAGCAUUCCGGGAGCAGUUGCCACGACAACGGCCGUCCAUCUCCGCGGCGACGGAGAUCGCGUUCGAAUCCGCUUCGUUCCCGACCGGGACUUCAACGGGCCUGUCGAGCUGCGGUUUGUGGCGUGGGAUGCUACGAAUGGUGUGCAGGACGGUGGAGUGAGCAACGCUGCGGACGUGGGUCUGCUGGAUGCGUAUAGUAACACAACGCGUACGAUGACGCUGACAGUGGACCCGAUCAACGAUGCCCCCAUCCUCACCACCACACUGUUCAAUCUGUCCAGCAUACUAGAGGACAACAGGAAUGCGUAUGGCAAUACCAUCCAGUACCUUGUCACUAACGCCAUUGACGUGGACACGGAAUCCUCGCAGGAGUUUGGCAUCGCGAUCGUCGGCACGGACGAACACAACGGCACCUGGGAGAUCACCGUCGACAACGGCGUCACAUGGACGACACUUUCGAACAUCAGCUGGCUCAGCGGCACCGUGAUGAAGUCACGACCUGUGCUGCAGCACCGCAUUCGUUUCUCGCCGACGCUCGACUUCCACGGUCAGGCGUCGUUCACGUUUGUCAUCUGGGAUCUGACGGACGGCUUUGCUUCCGGCAAUCGUGAUGUCGACGUUCUCAGUGCCGACGCCGUGACAGGAGCGUACAGCACUCGCACGGCUAGCGCAGUCGUUACGGUCGAGGCCGUUAACGACAGUCCGGUACUGCUCGCCGGUGCUCACCUGGACACCAUCCUCGAGGACGUUGCCGUUGACGAUAACACCGGGACGAGCAUCACGGACAUUCUCUCUGGUGCUUACACAGAUGUGGACUUUGACGCUGUGACAGGUCUUGCCGUCAUUGGCGUUGACAACCGUUUCGGUCACUGGGAAUACUCCUGCCCCGGUGCCAUUGGCGGGGGACAUAAUUUCACACGAUUUAUCGGCGACCUCCAGUACGGGGUUAUUGUUCCGCCCAAUCCACGACCCGAGAAAGCAACGCUGCUGGCUGGCGACUGUCGAAUCCGCUUCCUACCCGUGUUGAACUUCAACACGCUGCGCGAUUUGAACGGAGACCUGAGACCCAUCGGCGACCGACCCUUCAUCACCAUCCGGGGUUGGGACCGAACGGGCAUUAGCGCCGGCAGGUCGGGUCGUCACGGGCAGGACACGACCUAUAAUAACGACAGCCACCUGAACGAGUUCAGUGCGGCCACUCACGCGGCCACGAUUCAGAUCACGUCGAUCGACGAUCACCCACUCCUUUCGCUCAGCUCCGCGAGUCCGUUCCGAUUUGUCGCAAACUACGUGGAAGACUCCCAGUUCGUGCGGAUCGUUCAACCCGACGAACUGACUCUGCGCGAUCAAGACCACAGUCGAAUGGAGCAGAUCACGUUGACACUGGAACGAGUCUACGACGUGGAUAACGAAUCAAUAACGCUGCAACCUCCGGUCGGUUCGUCGGUUUCGUAUGAUCCGACCACUGGCUUGGCUCUGAUUAGUUUCAACAACACAGUCACCGAGCAGCUCAUAAUAACACUGCAACAAGUACCUGUCUUGGAUGACAGUGCCAACGCAGGUAAUCCCGACUCGGGCUUGGGUAACGGCACAAUUGACGGUGGAAACGCCACGAUGGAUGGUGGAAAUGCCACGAUGGAUGGUAAUUCUACACUAGAUGGUAAUGCUACAAUGGACGGUAAUGCCACAAUGGAUGGUAAUGCUACAAUGGAUGGUGGCAACUCCACGCUGGGUGGAGACAACGCCACGAUUUUGUACUACCAACUCAAACUAGUGAUCAGGUCAGCCACACAGCAGCGGCGAGUCAGCAAGGAGAGCUAUGAGGCACUGCUCCGUACCCUGGUCUACAUCAAUCACAACACUGAGCCGAACAACACCGCAAGACUCAUCACGUUCGCCGUGGACGAUAGUGAAAUCACUGACCGGCGGGCGUCGACGGAGUUACUCACGACGCUACUCGUGGACAACGCGCCGGAAUUGAAUUUGACAGACACGGAGCUUUCGUUCACCGAGAACCAGGCGGUGCCGAUCGUUGACCUCACACCCGGACUCUCGCUGUACGACUACGAUCACAACGUGUUCUACGGCAUGUCGGGCGCCAUGGCAGUGCUCAGUCCCGCGCCGUUGAGCACCAAUGAGACGCUCAGUGUCGACUCGGAUUUGCUGAACCUGACAAACAUCUCGGCUGUGUUCAGUGCCAGCUCCGGCGUGCUGUCUCUGAGCGGACUGGACACGAUAUCACGCUGGGAGUCCGUGUUGCAGACCAUCAUGUAUACGAACACGGAGACCGAACCGCAGCCUCACAACCGCACCGUCACCGUGCGAGUGACCGACUCAGCCGGGCUCGUCAGCAACGACAUCACAAUCCACGUGCUCAUGAACCUGAUCAACGAUCGCGUUCCCACCAUCGCCAUACCCGGUCCGUUCAGCGUGCGUGAGCAUCCGAAGAACGCCACAGCAAUCGGAGGUGGACUUGUGCUCGCCGAUGCGGACAGCGGUGGAUUCUACCAGCACAGUGUCACCAUAGUAAUCAGCAAUGGGAUGGACGGCAGUGCUGAGAGAAUUCGUAUGCUGAAUGUGCCGGAGAGUAUUAACGUCAGUGCAUCUCUGUACACGCUUGAUCUGAUUGGUCCGGCGAGCAUUGCCGACUUCCAGCAGGCGUUGUCCUCGCUCACCUACAUCAACACGGCCGAGGAGCCCAGCCCGGAGGUGCGCAUGAUCUCCGUGCAGGCGAAUGACGGGGUGUUCGACAGCGCUGUCGACUUCAUCUACGUGUUUAUCAACCUGACCAACGACCUUCCGGUGUUGGAUCUGAAUGGACCGCAGCAACCUGGAUUCAACAUGAUGGUGAACUACCAAGAAGGUAUUGGCCCGGUCAGCAUCGUCAGUCGACAACCGGCAAUGAACGUCAGCGGUGUGAACGAUACGCUUGGAAACGGCACCGCUAUGUCGGUCAUGUCGGAGCUUACGGUUUCCGAUAACGAUCACGGUGAGCUGAUCAGUGCGAUCAUCGAACUCGAUCAAGUGCCGGACGCUCCGAAUGAACUGCUGGAUGCCACGGUGGAUAAUUCAAACAUUAGCCUAUCGUACGACGCACAGUCCGGUCGUCUGAUGCUGAACGGAACGGACACCCUGGCCAACUACCAGCGGGUGCUGAGAUCCGUAACGUACGAGCACGUCGAGUCCGACCCGGGCCACCCGGACACACGACCGCGCAACGUAACGUUCAUCGUAAACGACGGCUCUCACGCCAGCGUCCCCGUGUGGGCGCUAGUCACCUUUGAGGCGGUCAAUGACGCGCCGAUCCUGGAUUUGAACCCACCGGACGCAGCAACGACAUCAUUCACGGCUACGUUUACCGAAGAAGCCGGCUCGGUGGCCAUUGUUGAUACCAUGGCAACCCUGGAGGACAUCGACUCUGCCCAGAUCGAGUCGCUGACGGUACUCAUACUGAACGUUCUCGAUCCGACCUACGAGAUCUUGUCGUUUGCGCUGACGCCACAGCUGCAGACGGUGUUCUCCGACGGAAAUCUAACAUACGACUCCUGGUCCGGACAGCUCAGCAUGGUGCAGUCCGCUCCUGUCGCCGACUACCAGGCUCUACUCCGCACGCUUCGCUAUGACAACGGUCGCGACGAGCCUGACUUCCGCGAUCGCGUUGUCCAGGUGAUCGCCAACGACGGAGCGCUUGACAGCACGCCGGUGUUUGCCAUGGUGAACAUGGCCGCCGUCAACGACCCACCACGUCUCAAUAUCACGGACAGUGUGGAUGGUGUGUACCAGGUUAACUUCACAGAAGGAGACGUACCGCUGGCGAUUGCGGACAUGGCCAGUUUGCUGAUCGAAGACGACGACGACGAAUACCUCACGGAGCUGCACGUGUCCACGUCGGGUGUGCGCGAUCCUGGCUUCGAGGCCGUCUUCGUAGACUCCGCAUCUCUCCCGGAGAACUUCACCACGAUGGUGGACAUGGAGGAUGGCUGUCCGUUGCCCGGGAUGGGCCGCACGGACCUGACCAUCAACAUGAACUUGUCGAUAGCCGAGUGGACGGCGGUGCUUUCCGCGCUGCGCUACUGCAACCAGGACGAGCACCCGGUGAGCGCCGACAGACACAUCACGAUGUUCCUGCGCGACCCCAGCGGUGCCAUGACAACCACACGCCGCACUGUGGUGCGCAUGCAGCACGUGAACGACCCACCGUACCUCAACGUCAGCGACGUCAUACCGGAACGCGUGCUGCUUCUCGAGGACCAGAAUCACAGCGUUCCCGUGCUGUUCGCCUACGCAGAUCACGAGGAAGUGCUCGACGGUACCGCGAUCCGUAUCGUCGAGCAGCCCACGCCGGGUCGGGUUGUGGUGAAUGUGGCGAAGGGCUCCCUGGACUUCUACCCCAAGCUCGACGACAUCGGCAACAGAACGGUCGUCUACAAGAUCUGUGACCAGGACGGCGACUGUUCGGAGGAGGACAACAUCACGUUCGUCCUGCGGCCCGAGAACGAUCGUCCGCGCGCCGUGGAGCCGCUCACACUUGUCAUCGAUGAGGAUACGCCGAUGGUGGUGAACUUAUCCGAUUACUUCAGCGAUGCAGAAGAUGACCUGUUGGAGAACGGAUUCCCGCAGGUCAACGUUGCUAGCAUCGGCGGAGCCACGAAGUUUACAUUCUGGUUGUCCGGUCUCUAUCUGACGGUGACACCGUUUCCGAACGACAACGGACAGGAUCUGCUGAGCUUCACGGUGUGUGACAGCGCCGGCCUCUGCACGUUCAUCGAGGUUACCGUGACGAUCAACCCGGUUAAUGAUCUCCCGUCGGCCACCGCGCUGGGCGGUGCGCCGGUGCAGACGGAGUCUACAAACGAGGACACUCCGUUGCUGAUACCGAUCACAGUGGGUGACCUGGAGGAUCGCGCCUUCCUUAACGUGACCGUCGUCGAAGUCGGACACGGAACUGCGGUGCCGGACACGACACAGCUCUCGACGCGCGUGCGCACUUCGGACAACAUCUGGCUGCAGAGCAUGCACCUGCUGUUCCGUCCUGAGCUUAACUACUACGGGGACGCUGCAUAUGUUGUCUACUCGGUACGUGAUAGCGAUAACGGAACAGACACAGCCCGAAUCAACAUCACCGUAUUCUAUCAGAAUGACGCUCCCGUGUUCAACAUUCGCACGCUGGAUACGGCCGAGGACACCGCACUGAGCGUGAGCCUGCCCACCGCGUUGGACAUUCAGGACACCGAGGACGUGGUCUUCACCAACAACAUCACGCUGCUAAGCGACGCGAGUAAUGGUACGGUCACGUACGACCCGCUCACUGGCACUCUCCUGUACGUGCCGCACCUGAACUUUUUCUCGCGUCCGACGGCACGUGUGGAGUUCGUCAUGCAGGUGUGCGACACGAACGCCGUCAAUCCGGCCGGGCAUCUCUGCACGAACGCGACGAUCACGAUCAACGUGACGUCGGUGAAUGACGUCCCCUUGGCGCCCGCCCUCGCGAUGACCGUCGAGGAAGAAAGCAGCGGCACUAUCGACCUGUACUCGUAUCUGUUCGACGUGGAGGACGGUAAACCACCGAUCGCUGGCGUCACGCUAGACCUGGCAAACACGGCAAAGGGAACGGCGAUAUACGAUUCGUCGACCGGCGUAAUGACCUACACAACGAGUCCGGGCGCGUUUGGUGCCGACGUUGUCCACUACAGCGUCUGCGACUCGGAGAACGCUUGCAACACCAGCGGUGUCAUCAUGGUGACUAUCUCCCCGUACAACGACGCACCAGUGGCCGGCAACUUCUCUCACAAGUCUCGCGAGGACGACUUCGACCUGAUCGCCAUCUACGAGCACAUCGGGGAUAAUGAUACGCAGAGCAAUCGAGAUGACCUGCUUGCCGAACUGAAAAUAGCGCUGAUCGACACCACCGGAGCGUACCAAUCACAGCUCUCCAGCGCACAGAGUGGGCUGCUGCGUGUGUACCAGGUGCAUGGCAUUAUCACGUAUCAGGCGCCUAACAACUACGUCGGGUUCGACACGUUCAAGUACUCGGUGUGCGAUCGCUGCGACCCGCGUCGCAACGUGGAGCUAGGGCGCACCAGCGUGAUUGAUCCGCCGUGUAUUCGCCAGCUCACCAGCAACGGUGGUAGUUACACGACACCGGGCAGCAGCGUGUACAUCACCUGCAGUGAGGCCGAGGUGGACCUCCGUGUGGUCAAUGUCAACGACGUGCCGACCGUACGCGACAUCAGCGUUACCACGACAACUCAAGCGUCGGUGUUGAUCUCGCCGCUGACGAUGUCCGUGCGUAAUGGCAAGUUCACCGACGCGUCGGCGUUCGUGUACGAUCGGGACGACAAGCAGGGUGACGACGCGGCGAGCAUCGGCCUCGACCUCACCCUGUUCAAUCUGUCGCCGCGCACCGACAUCAACACAACGCACCUGGCCGCGGUGUCCACACCCGUCAACGGCACGGUUGCCACGGAAUACGACACGGCCACGUCUGGCAUUGCUCGCCUUCGCUACACACCGCGACCGGGCACGUACGGGUACGACAGCUUCCAGUUUGAGGUCUGUGACCUGCCGGUGACUGGCGUCAAGGCUGCGUCCUGUACUAAGGCUACGGCUCGCGUGUACGUCGCUCUACCGGGGCCCAAAAUCGUCAGCGUCACGGCAUUGGGGGAUGUCGGUGUUGCCGAAUCCAAUCAGGACUCCAAGUUCUCGCGUCAGGAUCGUAUCACAAUCGAGUUUAGCGAGGCUACUAAUUUGGCGCCCGUCGGUGAGCUCAACAAAGAGUUUGAUACGUAUGAUAUUGACCAGCUGCUGCUGUUUGCCGAUCCGUUCAUCAAUCCGGUGACUGUGAAUAACCGUUACAGUGCAUCGUGGACGACGAGCAGGACGCUGCAAAUCAACAUCGUCGACGAAGGCUACCCUCAGCCGAACAUCACGGCGGGUGUCUGGAAGGUCGGGGUCAACUCUUCCGUCGCGCCUUGCAACGGCUUCGAUCCCGUCACAAAUAUCCCGUACUCACAGAACGAGAAGAGCAAAUACUGCCUGUUAACUGCCGAUGGACUCAGCUUGCACACCGUACAAGAUGUAGCCGCACUGCCGACUCUCACCGGCACGUUCGGCAGCAAGAUACCGUCGGUGAACGACGUCAUCUAUCGCAGUACCGGAGUGGAUCCUCUUGUGGUCGAGGGCGCCACCGAAGACUACUUUGGGCCGGGGUCCGAGAUCCUCGUCUACCUGAAACCGCCCCUCAGCGCCCCACAGCUUGAGGAGCUGUGCUGGAACACGGCUGAUGUCGUCUUUAACUACAACACACAGUCUUCGCUCGGCGAGGGUACGGAACUAGGGCUGAGCAGCUGUGCUAACGUGAUGGCCGAUGGAACCAACGCUGCCAUGGUGGAGCAGCCGACCAGCGGUGCAGAACUGCCGAGACUCUCCGGCGAGCGCAAGAAGAGAAGCCUGUCUGCUGACGACGUGCUCGGUCGUAGCAAACGUCAGACGGAGUCGAGCCUCUCCGCGCAGCCCGUGGCAUCGCAGAUCAUCCUGUUCGUGCGCAUGUACGACAGCCAGGGUGUGUCGCCGGUGACGAAUCCCAACGAGUUUGUCACUCGCGUUCGCCAGAGCUUGAAUCUGGACACCAUGCGGCGGGUGGCGUACAGAGAUGACACCAGCGGUGAACCAGCACAACCGGUCUUCGCUCCGGCUCUCUACCAGCAACACACAUCGGACAACACGCCGAUCGCAACCAGUUUCUUCGCCGCUGAUCCGGACAAUAACGACAAUGUAUACGGUGUCGGUGAUACGCUGACCAUCGUGUUCGACCGCCCCACCGACCGUCCACUCGUCGGACUAAAGUCACAGAUCCUGCAGAUCUUGAACUUCUCCACUCCGAUCGGCACGGACUAUGCCGGCAGCUGGAUAAGCACAGACACGUUGGUCAUCACAAUCACGAAUAUUGAUGCUAUAGCAACUGAAAAUCUACCAAAGUUGGGCUCAUUGAAGUUCACCUUUAAAGAACCCACGCUUACAAACCGCCUGCCUUCCUCGUCGAGUUAUCUACCGUUCAGCCGGCCAAACUGCAUUGGUACUAACGUGUGCGGUGGAAACGAGACGUCUGCUACUAUCGGCGUGUGCGCCAUGGGCAGCACGUCGUGUCGUGCUACCGGCCUGGGACCGACGCUGGAGGGAGAUUUCGGUACGGGUGCCGGACUGCCGAGCACGCAGAGCAUCUGGUGGAUCUCUCUCAUUAUCCUGCUGGUGGUGAUUGUGGCUCUGGGCGCCGGAUACGCCAUACACCGCCAUCACAAGAACGCGGCGUUCCGACGCGAGGCCAUGCGCUGGGUCCGUCGCUGGCAGCACGACCCGGAUGCCAAGGGAAAGGACCGUAAGGUGCCCUUGACCAAACCGCCCGCGCCACACGAGCCCUGGAGCCGUCCGACCGGCAUCGGGCCGAUGCGCGACGUGCCGGAUCCGUUCGAGAACCUCCCGGCGGUGGCUGACUCUGGUGUGGCUGGACCUCUCAGCGGUCUCGGCUCUCGCACCACCAGCCAAACAUCUGGCGUUGUGGACUUCCAGCCGCGUAGACAGCCGAGCAUUACCGGUGAUCUGGGACUGGCAGGGGCCGCAUCUCUCAAUAGAUCGGUUCUUCCGCCGUUGAAGCGCAUGACCACACAGGACCUGCCCAGCGGUCCACCUCGCCCUGCACCGCUCGACCUGCCUCCCCUGAAGCCGAUGCCACGGCAACCGUCGCUCGGAAUCGGUCUGCAAUCUACGCUCCCGCCGAGGAAGCUUGCUCCGAUUGGCGGGGUACAGUUCGACCCAGCCGCUCUGCCAUCGGGAGCUGCAAGCGGAAGCAGUCGACCCACUCUGCCGCCACUCAAGGGUUCCAUAGAGCCGAUCAGUGCGAGUCUGCCGCCUCCGGUUUCGCUGUCUCCGGUUAGGCGGCCGUCGCGGAAGAGAGUUCUUCACGAGACCAUCGACUCCCAGUCAUCAGGUAUGUUCGAGAACCUGACGGCUACAGACACACAGACCGGAGAGUCGGCAAACCAAACGGCUGAAUCCGAGCCCACCUCCGGCGCGUCAGAUCCACAACUUCUCAGCGACGCCUCCAGCAAUGGAGACCUCAGCGGGGCUCCAGCCUCUCCUCGUGGUGUCGGGCCUGGCAGCAGGCGACCUGUUCUAGCACCUAUAUCUCGACGCACAUCCUCAUUCAAUACCCCAGAAGAUCUUGGUUUCCAAGGCAGUGCAGUGAAUGCACCUCCAAGGUCUAUGCGCCGUCCAUCCGGAGCGGAUCCAUUCCCUAGCACGGCCCUGAGUCGACAGCUGUCACAACUCUCCAGACAGGGCUCAUUGGAUGGCCCGGCUGCAUUCAACUUGCCCAGUCCUCCGUCCAUGUCAAGACCUGUGUCGCGACAGCCCACCACCACGUCGCUGUUCGGCGCCACGGGACGCACGCUACCCAGGCAGAACACGUCCGGUGCCAUUUCACCCACAGCGGGCGGCACACGCCCCGCGGGCAUGUCUCGCCAGAACACAGCCGGCCAAAUCUCGCCGACCGGACGGACGUUCAGCCGCCAGACAACCGGGCAGUUUGCCGCUCCGCCGCGCAACACGUCGGUGUCCAGCGCCAUAACCAGCCGCUUCCCGCAGGCUGAAUCACGCCCUGGUGGUGGUGGUGGUGGUCCUCUGGACAGACCAAACGAGGACGGCAGCAAUGCUAAGAAGUGAUCUAAGGGUCCACAAUAAUAAUUCUGUUCAAAUUUCUCUAACUAUUUGCGCAUUUCGUAUCCAUUUCAUCGCAAUUCCCAUUUCUUGUCAGAAGCAUGAGUUCUAGAAAAGUGUGUCAACAUUUAUACAAUGUUUAAACUAAAAUUUUCCGUUCACGGCGGAUAUUUUUUCAAGCAUUAUGUGACGACGUGCUAGCAAUGGCCACAUCUACUUUGAUCUGCUUGUUUCCAACAUGCAACAUGGUCUUUUCACAGUUCAUUUAGCCAAUGAUUGGUACUGACUUCUUCUGGAUUUCUUUUUCUCUGAAAAAAUAGAUUCCAGGUAAAA